AUGCUCCCUCCGUUUAGAACAGCCCUUGUCAAGGCAUCAUCCCGCCAAAUCCCGUCUCUCACUCACCCCCAACUAAGACAAUACUCCUCCAAACCACCAUCACCAACCGGCGCCUUUUACAAGACCUUCACCCGGCCCGUAGCCAAGUGCGCCCUCCUGGCCGUGUUCGUCUACCAGCUCGUCUAUUUCGGCUGGGCUAAGCUGGAGGCAGAGGAUAUCAAGGAAGAGAGGCAGGCUGAGAUUGUGAGACUAGAGGCGCAAGUUCGGGGGUUGGAGGCUGCUCGGAUUGCUGCGGCGGCAAAGGCUAGCACUCCUGGGGCAGGAAGUGGUGAGGAGGGUGAGACUGUCGGGACUGGUAAAGGGGAGGGAAGUAAACCGACAGGGGGCUCUUGGUGGCCCUGGAAAUAG